AUGACAUGGUCACCUAACCACCAAGCCGAGUUCUUCACUUUUCCCGACGGGCUCCCACCUCAAGUACUUCCCGGCGAUUUCCUGCAUACACCGAGUCCGGAAACCAAAAAUGCUAUUUUCAGCAGCUAUCUUCCUAUUCAAGAAGCUGAAGCCGAAAGAGGAAGGGUGCUGUUAGCGAGACUGGAGAAGCUCGCUCCGAGUGUGGCGGAGAAGUUUACGGUGAGGGAUGGUCUGAUAGACGAUUUUGCUUUGAGGUUGAUCAAUGAGAGUAGUGUUGAUGUUGAGACGGAUGGGGAUGUGAGAAGUUUUGUUGUGAUGUCUUAUUGCUGGGAUCCGAGGUAUGAGGAUAGGUGGAAGGGUGAAUAUGGAGAGGAAUUUACUAUUCCGUUUAGCAGCUUGAUCAUGCAAACUGUAAUCCAAGAACGUCAGAGCGCUACCGAAGGAAUCUGGAUAGACCAAGUCUGUAUCAACCAGAGAUCAGAAGCUGAAAAGAAUGUCGCUAUUCCAGCUAUGGCGGCACUGUAUAAGCAAGCGAGGCUUGUUGUUGUCGCCAUUGGCGAUAUAGAAGUCAGUGUGGAGGAACAAAAGGUUUUGCGGGAUUUUAUCUCUUCGUUGGAGACAUUUGGUAUUGUGACUACUCAAUUGCCUUUCACUCGAACGGUACCACCGUUCAUGCAUCAAAGUCCGGUACUAAGGGGGUUUUGGGAUAAGUUUCUGGGCAGUAGGUGGUUCACUCGAGCGUGGUGUUCACACGAGAUGCAACUGAGCCAGAACCUGCUCUUCGUCAUUCCUUGUUCUUCAUCAAGUAAUUACCAAGACACGUCUCUAGUUUUCAAGUCGAGCUUUGUAUGGUAUCUUGCCAUGCUCAGCGGAGAGAUUCCAAGUUCCACCACUCGACUGAGCCGUAUACGAGACAUGGUAGCCACAAAAUUCGAUAUUUACCACAACGAAAGUCAGGCUUCAAACACCAGCACUGUCAGCAACAGUUUUGUUACCCACACUCAGAACAUAAUGUCACUAAGCACUGGGGGGAAUCCUACACUUGAAGAGCCGCUUAGGACCUGUGACGCCAGACGGGACAAGAUUUCAAUUGUACUAAACAGUGCUGGGUACGGGCUGAUUCUGAAAAGAAGAGAAGAAUUGCUGAAACUGUACUCGUCAGACGAUGAGUGUUUUCGCCAACUUCUCACUGUUGCUAUAGCAGCUGGUGAUCCACUAGCACUUUGCUGUACAGGGCCAUCACUCACAUUUGAGACCCAAAAGUCAUGGCUAAGUCGCCCUGGCAUCAAUGCUCGAGAUAUUGGAUCUGAUCCAUCCCACAAAGCAUUACCCGCAUUCGCAAUCGACAGCAUGCAGAUGGACGAUUCACCCUCAUCUAGCUGGAUACAGCUGGACGGGUUCAAAAUCGACAACGAAGUACCACCGUCAGAGGAAGCACUAACAGCGGCCGUGUUCAUGACACUCAAGUGCCAGAGCUUAGGCAUGGGAGUUCCUCCAGCAAAUAGCGGCAUUCCAAUAUUCAGUACGGGCCCCGGGUACGAUUUCUGGGAUCACGCGAUUCACCGUAAUCAAGACUUUUCCUCCUUCACAAGAACAAUUGCCGCAAUUCUUGACUGCGGGUUGGUCUGGAUGUUAGAGACAGCUGAACUCUGCGGCUUUCCCCGCAACCACCUCGAGGGAUGGAAGAAGGACGCAAUGGGAUACUUCCAAGAGGGUUUUCAUGUCCAAGAGCUCAUAAAGAUGGGCUGGGCCGGUGAGGAAGAAGGUAGAAACGGUGUUAGGAGCCUUUUGCGUUUUGCAAUGUGGUUGAUUACAUGGGGUGUCCAAACCGUCCACGAGUAUCCUUUGGUAUCGCAGGGACCUCUCAAUUGGUUUCCCACUGUAUAUGAAAGUCUCCAGGGAGCGAAACUUUUGAUCUUCUCGCGACUCACCGCUGCGCCUAGCACCAGUAGGAGUUCGGAUAAUAAGCCUUUGGAAGUGUUUGUGCCGAAGUGUCUGGCUGUCGAUGGCUAUGAGAAGUUAGCGAGAUGUUGGCUAGUGACUCCUGGUUCGGCCUCAAAGAAUCGUGAAGAAGAUGAGUUGGAAAGGCUAGAGGCUGAGCCGAGUAAUAAUCUUACAGCCAAACCAAUGAUUCUGGAGAGUAAGACUAGAAUAUUCAGCGCGAGACCAAUUGGUGGGUUAGGUUUUGAUGUGAAAACUCUCAGUCAUGUCAAAAUUUACGGCGCGUAA